AUGUCGUCGACUGCCAGUGGAUCUGCUCUUGACAAGUAUAUCGCGUGGAUGCAGCGCAUGAAGAUGCCAGCGAAGGGCGAGGAUCUGCUGCAGUGGACAGUGAAGUUCAACGGAGCAUCAAAUGAGUACACCCGGAGUCGCGGGCCAAAUACCAGUGUGGAAGACAAGGCUAGACAAGCCGCGGCACUGAACCACAUAUGGGACGAGAUGGACGCCAAAGGAACGCCGCAGUACCACACUUGGCGGGUCGCGACGUAUCCCUGGAUGUCCCACCCAAUUGAGAAGCGCAGGGCGCAGAGAAAUGCGGAGAAAGAGAUGCGAGACGCAAAGCCAGUCGAUCACGACAUCACAGCAGAACAAGGCGUCGAGGGAGGGCCUUCUGCGCAGGCCGACUCUGUCCCAAGCGGGGAAACGGUCAGAGAGAGGAUACAUUCAAACCACGUAGCGCUCCCCGGGCGAAGCACGGAACGUGUGGCGGGCAAACGCACUGCAUCGGAGGUGGGGUUCGAUGAUAGCCUGGAGGACGGCGGGGAUACCUACCAUCAGCCAACAUUCUUAGUGCGACAAUUGCAAGGCACGGCCCACAAAAGCCGGUUGUCAUGUCGCUCCGGGGUCGACAGCCUGCCAGAGCUGUCUGGACCAGAGGUUGAACUGCAUGUGGGACCGCGUGAGCCCGCGCGACAUUAUGCGCGAAGGGUCACGGGGAAGAAACCUCGAAAGGAGAAUGAACACCCUUUCGCGUCGCACAAAGUCGGUGUCAGCAUGGCGGAGACAUUUGUCGCAUCUAGGGGCGCCGAUCCCCGCGACAGAGAGGCCUCGACGCCACAGCGUGCGCUUGCUAAAUCUCACAGUGGGGACGUAUCGCAGACAAUGAACACGUCGAAGCAAGAGGCACCGUCUCCGGAAGAACGGGAGGAGACGUUCGCGUACUAUGCUGCCAAAGAGGAGAUCCUGCACCUGGACGCGCGUAUGGCUGUAUUGAUGCAUCAGCGUCGUUCAUUGGAAAUGCUUAUCCAGGAUAUGGAGGACGUUGACGGAAGAAGGGUAGUAGGGAUGUCGACAAUAUCAGUGAAUAACGGGCUAGAAUUGGGAUCACCGGUGCCGAAAAUGCUCGACAAUGUGUAUCAAAAAGUAUCGUUCGAAGCAUCCAGUGUAUAUCUCCCUGCUGGGGUGCUGCUGUUCAAGGCGUGGCGAUUAUUAUAUGACAAUAUAGAGGAACCGCAACGGCAAAUAGGCGCAGCAGAUGCCCAGCGACGAUCUGAGAAGGGUGUGUAUGGCUCUGAUGCUGCGAUUGCAUGUCACCCGGACAUCAAUUACCAGGACGCGCAGGAAGGCCAGUCUGAUAGGCAUCCGGAUGUCUGA